AUGAACUCAGUGGAAACGCUGGUUGCUCAAAUCCAAGGAUUAUCGGGCAGUAUAUCGGAUGUUAAUCAACUCCACAGCCUCUUGAAACAGUCCGAGGAUUUUUUCCAAUCCGAGUCGACCCGCCUCGCUUCUCUACUCACUGAACUCGACCCGUCGAUACACUCCCUCGGUUAUCUUUACAUUCUGGAGGCAUGCACAUCUGCUCCAAUUUCAAAAGAGCAAGCCAGUGAGCUAGUGCUUUCUGUAGCCAGGUUUAUCAAUUUGUGUGCUGCUGAGCAAAUACGUCUGGCGCCUGAUAAAUUUACAUCUGUUUGUAAAAGGUUUAAGGACCAAGUUAUGCUGCUUGAAGAUCCCAUGCGAGGUGUGGCUCCAAUGCUGACAGCUAUUCGGAAGCUGCAAUUGUCCACUGAACACCUAACAACUUUGCACCAAGAUUUUCUUCUUCUUUGUUUGUUGGCAAAGUGCUAUAAAACUGGUCUUUCCAUUUUGGAGGAUGACAUAUUUGAGAUUGAUCAACCUCGGGAUUUUUUUCUCUACUGUUAUUAUGGGGGCAUGAUUUGCAUAGGACAUAAGAAGUUUAGCAAAGCGCUGGAGUUGCUGCACAAUGUUGUGACUGCACCUAUGUCCAUUUUGAAUGCUAUAGCCGUUGAAGCAUACAAAAAAUACAUACUGGUUUCGCUCAUUCAUCUUGGACAGUUCUCUAUCAGUUUUCCGAAGUACACUUCUUCUGUGGCUCAAAGAAAUCUGAAAAACUUCUCUCAGCCGUAUCUUGAAUUGGUGAAUAGUUAUGGUACUGGAAAAAUAUCAGAGCUUGAGACGAGUGUGCAGGCAAACAAUGAGAAGUUUGAAUUUGACCAGAAUCUUGGAUUGGUGAAGCAAGUAGUAUCGUCUAUGUAUAAACGCAAUAUUCAGAGGUUGACUCAGACUUACCUAACACUCUCCCUUCAAGAUAUAGCCAAUACUGUCCAACUUAAUAGCGCAAAGGAAGCUGAGAUGCAUGUACUUCAAAUGAUCCAAGAUGGUGAAAUAUAUGCAACAAUCAACCAGAAGGAUGGAAUGGUUAGAUUCCUAGAGGAUCCUGAACAAUAUAAAACAUGUGAGAUGAUUGAACGAAUUGACUCGUCAAUCCAGAGGAUAAUGAUGCUGUCUAGAAAGCUAACACAUAUGGAUGAACAACUUUCAUGUGACCCGUUGUACUUAGCAAAGGCUGGAAAAGAGCGACAGAGAUUUGACUUUGACGAUUUCGACACGGUUCCUUCUUCCAAAUUCACCAUAUGA